AUGGUUUACCUGCUGAUGGAGCAGUGCCAAGCCUUCAUCUUCAGAGAGUCGAUGGUGAAUAAACCCCUGACCCUCCCGUGUAGCUGCUCGGGAAAUUGUCCAGAGGUUCAGUGGAUCCGCUUUGUUCCUGAUGGAACCAUCGUUGCUGAGAGUGGGAUGUUUCCCAAACAACAGCAUUCACAAAGCAGAUAUUCAGUGUCAGGAGAUACAAGCAGAGGAGAUUUCUCCCUGACCAUCAGUUCAGUAGCCUACAAUGAUGCCGGCUCCUACAUGUGCAGCUGUAAUGGACAAUCAGUUACUGAAGUAAAGCUGAAAGUUAUCGUUCCGACAUUUGUAAAGGCUUUGGAGGGGGAGAACGUCACCCUCCCGUGCUACGGAGACACUCAACAUCACGUUAAAGAUGUAAAAUGGAAGAAAGAUGGACACAGGGUUCUGCUGUACACUCCUGCUAACAGAUCGGUGACUACUGAAAGCAGAUUUACGAUGUCAGUAGAAGGCUUUCUAGACGGUGAUCUCUCUCUCCACAUCAGUCCAGUUCACCCGUCUGAUACAGGAUUAUAUCAGUGUCUCAUCCAUGAUGAAUCUCAGGACGGAGAACCAGGAGCUGUUUUACUGAAGGUAGAAGGGCUACAACAAUUCACAACCAACAACAACGCUCAAGUUUCAGUACUGCAUGUGCUACUAGGAUUGUUCAUCUCUGGAGGGAUAAUCAGCCUGAUCAUUUACACUGUCACGGGGAGCCUGUGCCUAUCUUAGGCAUCAUCAGGCACCAAGGCAGGAUACACCCUGGACGGAGUGCCAACCCAUCGCAGGACACACACACACUCAUACACUACGGGCAAUUUAGAGACUCCAGUCAGUCUAGAAGCAUGUCUUUGGACUGUAGGAGGAACCCAGAGCACCCGGAGGAAACCCACCAAGCACAGGGAGAACAUGCAAACUCCACACACACAGUGAGUGUGAGCAAGACUCAAACCCAGGACACUGGAGGUGUGAGGCGAACGUGCUAACCACUAAGUCACCAUGCCUCCUCUUGUUUAUACUUGACAAGAUUCAUUUUUUAUCCAUUUGUAACAACAUUACAUAAAGAAUUAUAUUUGAGAGAAUAAAGAAUAUUCUUUACAAAAAUAAAGCAUUAUUUAAUUGCAUAGUUAUUCAAACUGUUGUAGGAGAACACAAAUAAAACAAACACAUCAAGUCAAGUGGGUUUUAUUUUCAUUUUUCUUUAUAGCUUGUAUACAAUGGAACAAAUUUGUCCAGGACGAAUUCAACAAUUUUACUAUUUUCACUACUGGUAGAUGCUAA